AUGCCAUCAAACGUGUUUGACUAUCAACUACAACAACUACCUAUGCACAACCUGACCACAGCAAUUCAGAGCAUUCAAAAACCAUACCGAUUCGACAUCCUUGACACCAAUUACCAACUGAUUGUAAAGGUUACUCGGUGCAACACCGAGAGCUUUGAAUAUGGAGGGAUUACUUACGUCGGCAAAUUAUUUAAUCGUUCAAACUAUCCUAAACACCUCGAGAAAUCACUUUCUCAACAACAAAAUCAACCAGAACCGUCUCUCGCAAGUGGAAGUAGGGCACCUGACGUACAACAACCUUUCUCUCAGGCUGACCAGCAAACUCAAUCCCGAAAACGUAAGCAUUCGGAUUCACCGGCACCUCAAGAUCACAAUAAGACUAGCGAUAUCAACCUUCGGCCUCAGAAGCAUCCACGGACCACGAGUGAAAGUACAAUGGUUCUGACCAGUAAUGAAAUUCAGAUUCAGCCUUCAACACUUGUUACCUUCUUCACCAAAACAUUCAAAGUACCUCUUACUUUUUUACAACAUCGUUAUUGCCUUCAAUCAAUGUUUCAUGUACUGCACGAUCAUUUCAACGAGCACAAGAGCGUACGAGGUUCUCGAACUUCCCUGAAGAUGGAGAAAUCCAAGGUCCAAAAUGCCCUAGCCGGUCAUCCUCUUGCAUCAAAGAUUUUAAACGAGAUUCCCUUGACCCUCGACAAACUCGUCAAGACUUUCCGUCUCAAGAUUCUACAGGAAAAACUGAUCCUAAAGGGUGUAUACACCAACUUCACCCAACCAGACAAUUCUGGGAUACAGUUUUCGGACCCCAUUCAAGUCCCUCAACCUUCUGCUGGCAUUUCCGAAAUGGACCUCGAUCAACCUGAACCACCUGAUGAACUGUCCGAGAAAUCCAGUAAUUGCACACACUAUACUCGCUCUGCUAAGACAAAGUCGGUCACAGAAUGUUCCAUCGAAGUUAGUCAAGAUUCGGUUUCUUCAAAAUCCUCCAAUGCCACUGUUCAUGCCCCUGAAGGUGUUGUGGGAAAAACUUUAAUCAAUUCUCACACUCAGCAUGCGUUAUUUAAGCAUCUCCUUAUGAAUACUUCACAAGAAUAUCAAGCUUCAAUCGGUGUUGAAGCACUCUCUCAUUCAACCUCAACUAAAUGGAAACCGGUUUCUCCUUCUGAUGAAGUCUUGACAGAACUUCAAGUGGCAGUAGCAGGUCGGACAGACUUCACAAUCUCUGAAACUUCGAAAUUUGAGUCAACCGUUCAGUGGGAACAUGGAGGAAAGAACUUUACUCGAUUUUCAAAACAUAAGGGUAACAGUUAUGUACAGUUUGAAACUGGAGGACGAGUAAACUUUGGCACUAUUGAUGAAAUAUUCCGUGUAGUUGGUAAUAAGUCCCCCUUUUUUUUGGUUAAACCUUUCACCGUUCUUCAAGGACUCGAUGAAUCACGGAACCCUUUCCGCUCCCUGCCCUAUUUGAAAGCUACAGUUAUGUACCAUUCAUAUCAAAAAGUCCAAUGUGUGCUAGUUGAUAAGAUGUUUGGACAUGUUGCUGUACGUGUGAAUCCCCCAAAUACGUUCAACAUAUCCCACGCAACAGUAUCAAUAGUUGCACUCAGAAGCAUGUUUCAAAAGUAUCUUAAAACAAGUUUACUUUAG